AUGUCUUCCCCAUUUCCCCUCCUCCGUCUUCCUCGAUUGAACCUGUUCGAUGUAUUCAAAUCAUUGGAUAUCGGCGAGAAAAUCAAGCUCUCCCUCUGUUCCAAGAAAAUCUCCACGGAAUUCAAUAAUGCUCGUUUGUACUCUCAAAAAGUUAUAGUCGAUCUGGACAUUUUAAGAAGAAAAAUCAGAGUUCGCUCUGAAUAUAACGAAGAUAUAUUUGACAUCGUCAAUUGUUACUACAUCGGAAUAAGCAGGGAUACGCAACAUUAUCAAAUUGGAGGACGUACUGUACCUGUUAUCUCAUUCACCAAAGGAAUCAAUAAAUAUUGGAGGAGCCAACGAGAAGGGUAUCUAUCUGCUAUUCGGCAUCUAUUGAAGAUGUUUCAAUGCAAGAUUUUAACUGAUAGUAGUAUCGAUCUGGAAUUCAAGAUGCUUACUAUUCGCCCUAACGGAUCAAAAAAUCAAAACUUGGUGUGGAAUCAGAUAUUCAGAGAACUUGAACUGGUUGAGGAUUUUAGCAUCGCAUCUAUACUUCCUUUGGAUUUUAAACCAGUGUUCACUUCAUGGCCACAGAAUAUUACUAUCAUGAAUUCCGAUUGGUUCACUCUGGAACAUCUUUUGGCGUGUACUUGCACUAGAAUCAGACUUUUGCAGUCUUAUUUGGGAAACAAUGAUGUAGAUGAGGUACUUAGAAAGUGGAAGGCUGGAGGAUUUCCGAAUCUAGAAUAUUUGAACAUCCAUAGUCAAAAUAUUGGAACUACUGAAACGACGAUAUUGGGAAUGAAUUUUAUGGAAUUGGACGGAAUGGUUAUCCAAACUGAUGAUGGAUCAAAGAAGGCAACGGUCAAAGCUAAGUUCCGAAAUAUUGAAAUGUCUGUUAUUCCAUCCGAGUAA